AUGCAAGUGCUGGCCUUUCUGGUCUCGCUCACCGGGCUAGCGACCAUCGCGGUGGUUCUGCGCUUGUGGACUCGGCUGCGUCUGCGGAGUGCGGGGUGGGAUGAUCUGCUAAUUGUGGUGGCUUUGGCCGCCAAUCUCGUCCUCUUCUCCUGCAGAGUCGUAGAAAUCCACCACGGCCUCGGCCACCCGGGCGAAACCCUCACCCCCGACGUCCUCCAAACCCAACUCAAAGGACUAUACUUCUCUCUCCCCUUCUACAAUCUCACCCUCCUGACCAGCAAACUCUCCGCCCUCGCCCUCUACACCCGGCUCUUCCGGCUCCGCCGCGUCCUCCUCACAAGCUACAGCCUCGCCGGCCUCUUGUGUGUGGCAGGAACAUGGAUCGUCCUCAGCGCAUUCCUCUUCUGCCUGCCCGUGCGCGACUUCUGGUCCGUCGCCCCGGACCACGCACCCCACUGCCUACCAAAAAAAGCGGUGUGGCUGAGCAACGGCGCCUUCCAGGUCGCGACGCACGUGGUCGUGCUGGCCAUCCCGCUGAUCGUGAUCCCGAAGCUGACGCUGCGGCGACGGGUGAAGGCGGGGUUGUUCUUGUUGUUCGGGCUGGGAUUGGUGGUGGUCGUAAUCAGCAUCGUCCAGCUGAUCACGGUGGUUGAGAUUCUGACGAGAGGCGGGGAUUUAACGCACAAAUCCCGCACCACCGCCCUCCUCGCCAGCACCGAGGCCAGCGCCUCCAUCCUCUGCGCCUGCAUGCCCCCGCUCUACCCGCUCUUCAGCCGGGCGUGUUCGCGGUGUUUGCGUGUCGUCCAUGCGCGGGUGGGCCGGCAGGGUGCGGCGCGGCACUACCCGCAGACGGUGAGUAUCCAUCUGACGCGGCCGGUGAUUGAGAAUCCGGUGUUCUAUGAUGGGUUCCGUGUCGGGGGUGGGAGUUAUACGGCUAGUGUUGAGGUUGUGGGGUCGGGGGUUUGAGUGCGGGGGAGCGGGAGCCGGGGCGGGAGCGGGAAUGGGAAUUGGAGCAGGGGGUUUCGGUGGUGAGGACUGUUGAUGUUGUUUCCGGGUUCGGGGAGGAUUCGGCGGAUGGGGACAUGGAGGGACGGCAUAGAGGGGUGCACUUGGCGGAUCUGGG